AUGUGCGCGGCGGCAGAAAGGGUCGCCAGCCCCCUCGCUGUUUCCCUGCUGCAGCCCCAGAGCUCUGAGCACGUCCCUCCCCCACCGAAAAAUCCUUCAAACGUGCACGUCGCCCUCCGGAUAAUUUCCUGUCAGCUGCGGCCCGUCCCUUCCUCUGGCUCCCUGCACCGCCAAAGCGACGGUUCCACACUGAGCACUGGGGCCGGAGGUUUUAGCCGCGCCACCUCGUCCCGGCGGCUCCAGUUCCUGGCGACAGCGCUCGAGCUAGGUCUAGAGCGGGCGAGGGCCUCCUCCAGUGACACCCCCAAGCCGAGACGCGAGCAUCCCUGGAGGGAGCGGGCCGGGGGCGGGGCCGGGCCGGGCCGGGGCUCGGCGGCCGGGGCGGCGGCGGGGUGCGCGCCCCCGCCCUAUGAGCACCGGGUGCGCUGGCUCCGCGAGAGCCAGUCCACGCUCCGCGAGCGGCGGCCCCAGCGCGCCGGGCAGCUGCUGCGCCUCCUGAGCCAGGACCUGGGCCUCGAGGGGCUCCUCCUCACAGACAUCCUCUGCAGGAACGUGGCCUUCCUCAGUCUGCUGGACCCCAUCUCCCACGACCUGCUUGUGCACCUGGCCUGGCACCUGCAGUGCCCCAGGUCGGACUGUGAGCUCUGGGAGUCCUUGGACAAGACCUGCCGGCAGCUCCUCUACCACCUCCCCCCUCACGCCAAGCGGCAGCGGGGGGCCAGCCUGCCCCGGAGGAAGACCCAGAGCUGCCUCAAGGGCAGCCUGCAGAAGACUCUGCCGGCGGCGGAGACCAUGAACCUCCCGCGGUCGGUGAGGGCCGUGCAGCACAUCGCGCGCUCCCUGGGCAGCCAGGGUGCCGGGCUGGCGGUGCUGGACCUGAGCUUCACGGGGCUGAGCGACGCGCUGCUGCGGCGGCCGCUGCCCCGCCUCCCCCAGCUCCUGCUCAACGGCAACCGGGCCGCUGCCCGCGAGCUCACCGAGGCCGUCAAGGACACCGCCAAGUUCCCGGCGCUGGCCUGGGUGGGCCUGGGCCACAACGUGGAUGUGGCCUCCCUGCCCCAGCCCCUGGUGGCGGGCCUGCACCGGCGGCUGAGCCAGCGUACCUCGCUGCCCACCAUCUACGAGGGCCUGGACCUGGAGCCUGAGGGUGGCGCAGCCGGGGCCAGCGCCCUUUCCUCCGGCUGGGGCUCUGCAGCUGCGGGGCCGGGGCCCGAGCCCCAGGUGACCUGCCACCUGCCCCGGCUCCUGCUUCCUGACGGGCAAUGCUGCCGCGCACCUGGGACGGGUGAUGGAGGCAGAGGUCCCCGCCCCCAGGCCCCGAUGCAGUGUGCAGAGGAAGAUGGGCUCACUGGAGGCUGGAUGGCCGGUCCAGCCUGGAGUCUCAGCCUUCUCUCAGCAGGAGGGGCCCGGCACCUGCUGUGCAGACCCCACAAUAAAGGGUGA